GGUUCGAGAUGCAGAUCUUCGUCAAAACCCUCACGGGUAAGACCAUUACCCUUGAGGUCGAACCCUCGGAUACGAUCGAGAAUGUCAAGGCGAAGAUCCAGGAUAAGGAGGGUAUCCCGCCAGAUCAGCAACGUUUGAUCUUUGCCGGCAAGCAGCUGGAGGACGGUCGCACACUGUCCGACUACAACAUCCAGAAGGAGUCGACCCUUCAUCUGGUGCUUCGCCUGCGUGGUGGCGCCAAGAAGCGCAAGAAGAAGAAUUACUCCACCCCGAAGAAGAUCAAGCACAAGAGGAAGAAGGUUAAACUCGCUGUCCUCAAGUACUAUAAGGUUGACGAGAACGGAAAGAUCCACCGUCUCCGUCGUGAGUGCACCAGCGAAUCGUGCGGUGCUGGCGUGUUCAUGGCUGCCCACGAAGAUCGUCACUACUGCGGCAAGUGCCACCUGACGCUUGUCUACUCGAAGCAGGAGGAGAAGUAAAAAGGUGG